AAAAGAUGGCUGAAGGCUCAGCUAAAUAUAAUAUAAAUGUAGUUAAUGUAGGUAGCGGAACAACAAUCAUAGGCGAUAAUCAAAAUAUUACGAUCGCAAUGGGAACUUCAGGUCAUGGGCAGCCAUCAGUUACGAGUGUUGUUAAGAGUCACGCAGACGAAGACGGGCAUCAUAUUAACCGAGGUUACGCGCUUAUCAUACACAACAUGAAAAAUUUCAGAAAACUGCCAUCACGAGAAGGAUCUGAGAAAGACGUGGGUGCAAUCAAACGAUUCUGUAGGAAAGCUGGUUUAACACUUGAUGAUCUGAAAGAAAAUUGUACAGUUUCUGAGAUCCGUACACAUUGUAGAAAACUUGCUUCUGAUAAUAAAUUAUUUUCCAACUAUGAUGGAUUCGUAUGUUUUAUUUUAAGUCAUGGAAACAGAUAUGGCAUUUAUGGUGUUGAUGAAGAUAUAAUCAAGGUCAAAGACAUUGUAUCGUAUUUCAAAGAAAAUAAAGAUCUUCUGGGAAAACCCAAAUUGUUCUUUAUUCAGGCAUGUCGAAGCGAGGGUUCGUCCCCAGGUCUUCCUUCUGCGCGGGGUAAGGAGAGUGACGGAGUAUCCACUGGGCACGAGAUCGAUAGUUUCGUUGAAGAUGAUGGUGAUUAUGAGAAGAUGUUAUUGCCACCAGAGUCAUCUGACAUCUUACUCGCUCAUUCAACUAUUGAUGGUGAGCAAUCUUACAGAGAUAUUCGUACAGGAUCCUGGUUCAUCCAGACUCUUAUGAAGCAGUUCGAAGACCACGCACAGACAUUGCAUGUGCUGGAUAUUCUCACAAAAGUGAACGGAGAUAUGUCAGGAAAUGAGUUCGCCGGAUACAGACAGAUGCCAAUACAAGUGUCCACACUCAGAAAGUCUGUCUAUUUUAAGAUAAACACAUAGUGACAAACUGAUGUGUAGUAAUAUGAAAUAUUAAUAUCCUAAUUAAUCAUCAAACGUGGGGCAGGUGGAUUUUCGCAACAUCUUCUCUUUACUAAUUAUUUCCUCGCUGCAUUCAUGAUUCUUAUCUAUUUUUUAUCACGCUUCAUUAUAUUAGAGUCAUUUAAAUAAGUUAUUUAGAUGAGUUGUAUAUUUCAGUCUAUCUCUCGACAUAUUAUAGACAUAAACAUCUGCUCUCUCUUUCCACAGCAAUGCAGUUCUUGAAUUUUUUUUGACGUAAACCGUUUCCCGGAAUUAAGACGGCGACUUAUUAUUUUAUGUUCCAUUGCCUUUGAUCAGAACGUUUAAGAUUAAAAUUUAAGAUGCGUUAUCGCAAGGCCUGAGCAUCGUGACGUCCAAGACGAUUUUUCCGGCUCUUUUAACUUUAAUCAGUCUUUUCAUCUUGUUUGUAAAAAAAUCGGAUUUAAAAAAUCAGACCAAAGGACACAAAUCUGAAAAUCUUAUCUUAGGCGGCAGAAACGCCCACUUAUCUAACACCUUUUUUGUUGGCUGCCGCAAUUUUUGACUCUUGCACGUGAAAACAACACAUGUUCAAUUAAAACGCGUCAAUUUUUCAUUGAAAGUGGAGAAUGUCUGCAUGCUUUCUCACGAAAUUAUCAAAUCUUGUUUCACAAACAGUCAGAGUGUUUGGAAAAAGAGCCUCAUUUGUCAGAGUGACCGGACGCAAUUUGCAAACACACAAAUGACAAACCCACGAAGAUUAUUUAUUGCACACUUUUUUCUCAGUUUUCAUUGUUCAGGUCAAGAAUGAGUUCUUAUGCUUAUUUCUUUGACUCAUAGUAUAUUUUUUCUGACAAAUGUUGAAGUAUGUAAUGUUAUGAUUAUGUAACGGGAAACUGUCGCCAGUUAAGAUAUGCUCAAACCAGUAUAAUCCUUUUAAUUAAUAUUAUAAUAUUAUACAUCCAAGCAAUGCAACAAAGUACAUCAAAUUUAUAUUAAAAUCAUUAACAAGAAUUAAAAUUUAAUGGCCUUAUAUCAGCAAUCUUUUUAUCAUCCCAGCAUGCCGUAUAUGGCUUAAUGGAAAACACAUUAUUAUUUAUGUAAGAAUACCUAGUUUGUGAGAGAAACAAA